AGGCUAGGGUUGCUGAAAAAUCUUAAGCAAAUGGGCUUAUUAUUUGGGCUUGGGUAAUUUAGUUUGGGCCAGGCAUAAUUGGGCUUGUACAGCAGAACUUUCAAAGCUUGACAAUUGACAUGUACAAUUAAAUCAUAUUAUAGGGUGAAAAUUUCAAAUGCAUUGUUAAAAAUAUAUAUAAAACGAGAGAACAUUUGACAAAAGGGAAGAACUCAUGAAAUUUCCAUGGCAAUUAUUUUUUAGGAAAUUUUUUCCACACAAAACUACAAUUUUCAUGUUGCAUCAUUGAUUAUUAUAUCAUCUUGGAAAAAAAAGAGUUGGAAAGACUUGAUGGAGUCAACAAGAUGCACAACAUGUAUAUUUUAAAAUUGUUUGAAACAUGUAUUAAUAGAUUUGAUACAAUUUGGAGCUCUUGAUGUUUAGGAAUGAAUAUUUUCAUUUUGAAUAAAAAGAAUAAAAUACAAUUUAAUUUUAAUACUUCACUUGCAAAAACCCCUUUAGCAAAACCACUAGACUUGGUUUUUAUUAAUUAUUUACUUUGUAUUUGGCAGUAAAACUCUGGCAUCCUUCGGUCAACUAACAUCAGAGUUAGAGAAGAAAAUUUUGAAGAUGAUCUUGGAGAGUUUUGGGCUUGAGAAAUACAUGGAUGAGCUCACUGACACCGCAAAUUAUCAACUGAGGAUCAUGAAAUAUGAAAAGCCAAAAACCAACGACCAAACCAUGAUGGCACCUGCACACUGUGACCAAAAUAUGAUGACCCUUCUGUAUCAAGACGAGGUUAAUGGAUUGGAGAUUCAAAACAAAUAUGGUGAAUGGAUGAAUAUGAAGCUUUCACCCAGCUCUUUGAUAGUCAUGAUUGGAGAGUGCCUUACCGUAUGGUUAAAUGGUCGAUUGUCUUCGCCUUAUCAUCGUGUCAUGAUGAAGGGUAAUGAAGAUAGGAAUAGCCUUGGACUGUUUUCAACUGUAAGAGAAGGCUACAUAGUAAUGGUUCCGACUGAGCUUGUGGAUGACAAAAAUCCCAUGCUUUUCAAACCUCAUGACCAUGAAGAAUUUUUGAAAAUUUUCUCCUCCGAAAUGGCUAAAGCUGAUUUUAAAUCUGGGGUUGCUAUAUCUCGGCCUAAAGCUUAUUGUAGUGUCCAAGAUUUGGCUCCUCAAUAAUUAUUAUAUUGUAAUAAAAGUGUAAUGUUGCAAUGAAAUACUUAAAUGGCUACUAUAUGUAUUUUCCAGUUUGUAUUCCUCUACAAUGUACAGGUUGAUUGUUUAGAAUAAUAAUAUUAAU